AGCUAUUGGCUUAGGCCAGGCACCUCAGUUGCAUUGAAGGCAUGGCUGCUCGGCUCGCCGAGCAGCCGCUCAGUGGGCAAAAGGCCUAUAGCGUGGAAUAUGGCGCCUGUGAGGAGGCGAUCUGUGAGGUGACUCAUGCUGGGGCAGAGAUAGCACGCAGCACCUUGAUUAUGAUGCAGGCCGCUCAGUCCAUGGCCUUCACGAUCGUGAUUGUGGACUCGUAUCAGGUAAGCAAAGACAUCGGCGCCACUCCCGCUGACUCGGGACUGCUCGUCGGUAUGUUCAUGGGUGGCGGUAUGGUGGGCAAUGCAGCAAUGACCGCAGUUCUGCACCUCUUCCCAAACGCUUGGCAAAAUGUACGGUAUUGGCUCUGUGUCUGUCACGUCUUCAAUGUCUUGCCUGCCGUGACCUACUUGUAUCUCCUUUACCACCUCCAGGCUUUGGGCGGCCGGGCUUUGCCUUUGCUGCUGCUGUGCCGCUUCUGCUGGGGCCUUGGUAGCGGACUCGCGGGCCAGCUCGCGCAUGUGGUGAUCACCCAGGUCACGCCGCUGGCGGAACUUCCAGAUCAGAUGCAGAGGAAGUCCUUUUGGCAGUCAAUGGGCAUGGGCAUGGGACCACUGGCAGCAGGAAUGGCUCUUUGGAUCUAUGAUUUACUUCCUUGGCAGUUCGGCCUCGAGAUUGGCGCCUCCUGCACAUCUCUUAUUUUGCUUCAGCUGCUGCUGGGGUUGGCGAUCUUGCGCUGCCCACAAUCUGUGCAGCAGCACGAGCAUAAGCCGGAGGAUGCUGAAGAGCUGGGUCACACUGGCUCAAAACAAAUGAUUUUCCUGGGCGCUUGCUAUGUACUCUCUGCUCUGCGUGGCUAUUGUCUUGCUGGCACUGAGGUUGGAACAGCCCUGUUGUUAGAGGCGCGCUACCAUUGGUCGCGCAAGGAGAUCGGUUUGAUCAUCGGCUGGGUCUUCAUUGCCACUGUGCCAGCACGGGUGGGCUACCUUGCGAGGAAGGACCGCUUUAGUGUGGUGACCUGGAUCCGAAUCCUGUCCUUGAGCGCCAUAGUUGGCGCUACCAUCCUCUUCUCGUCCACGUUUCUGCCGCAUGGCAUGAGCCUCAUACUUGCCGACCUGAUCAUGUUCCCGGCCCUUUACCUGGGAGAGGGAUUGGUGCGUGGCUUGAUGAUGCAAUCGGUGCGCAGCCACACAAGCAUCAGCUCCAACACCGCUUCCUUUUGUGCCCUACAGCUCAAUAAUUUUUCCAGAGCUUUGGCCCCCUGGUGCGCUCGGUACACCAUUUCGACGGGCAAGGGCCAGAACUUGUUUGCUGUGGGUCAACUCAUGUGCUGCUGCGCUUUCCUCUGUGUGUUUGAGCUCGGAGUUCAACGAGGCUUGAAGAAGGCCUAGCUCUCGAACCAAAGGGCCAAGAGCCCUAACUCAAGGGCCAUGAGCCCUAACUUGGUCGACCCAAGUCAUUUUUGGCGCUUGCGCAGACAUUC